AUUGUCAAGUAUCUCAAAUACUUCCGUGCAGAUAAUAUCGAGGCUGAGACCAUUCGGCACUUUCUCUUCGACGGCAAGAAAGAUCUUGAAGCCCGUAAAUGGACGAUCUUUGGGCAAAUUUUCGGAGUUCGUGCCACCACCUAUAUUUCAUUCUACAGCGAUAGCUUGACGGAGGUUUUCAUCGCUGGCGGUAUUCCACCCAUGGUCGACUCUCCCGAUGCAGCCUACGAAGCCCUUGUUUUGAAGGUGGAAGAACAAAACAAGGUUUACUAUUCAAAUUACGCAAGAUGUUCGAAACAUAAGAAAUCCAGAGAAGUCUACCUCCACCAAGUUGUUGACCAACUACCAGGUUCGUCGAAUCUUGGGUUUCCUAGAAGGCAACAAUGUCGUUAUUCCAAACGGCGGGAAUUUGACGGUCUCACGGUGGCAACAACUCGGCCUGCAAUUUGGUUCGCAUGAUACGUUUCGAUUUACUGCGAAAG